AAAUACAAUAUCAUGAUUACACCGCACCGUUAAACGGAGACAUUCUUACUUUCCGACCAUAACAGAAGGAAAAAAAAAAUCCUAGAGCUCCACCUAUGGCAGUUUUAGGGUUUUGAGUUAAAUUUUUUGCAAUUUGGUAUGUGAUGGAAAUGCCAGGUAGACGAUCAAAUUAUACUUUGUUAAGUCAAAUUCCUGACGACCCAUUAUUACCGCAGCCUCCGCAGAGUCGGAUCGGAGCGGCGUUGUUCCCACCGUCGAUCGGCCUGCAGAGACAGUCGAGUGGGAGUAGUUUUGGUGAUAGCUCGAUCUCGGGAGACUACUACGUUCCUUCAAUUCCUUCAAACCCCGAGAUGGCGUCUUACGGCCAUUUGAGCAAUGGAGGAAGCGGCGGAUUAAGGGGUAAGUCAGGUGGCAGUCGAGGAGGCUCGUGGUCUUCCAAGAGCUGGGCGCAGCAGACGGAGGAGAGUUACCAAUUGCAGUUGGCUUUGACUCUUCGCUUGUCCUCGACAGCUGCCUCCGCUGAUGACCCCAAUUUCUUGGAUCCUGUGCCUGAUGAGUUGGCAUCGCGAGCUUCUUCUUCACUUGCCUCUGCCGAGACCAUGUCCCAUCGGUUCUGGGUAAAUGGUUGUUUAUCAUAUUUUGACAAAGUUCCCGAUGGGUUUUACUCAAUUCAUGGAAUGGAUCCUUAUGUUUGGACUGUCUGCUCCGAUCUUCAAGAAAGUGGCCAUAUUCCAUCACUUGAAUCAUUAAAGAUUAUGGAUCCUUCCGCUUUAUCAUCUAUUGAAGUCAUUUCAGUGGAUAGACGUAGUGAUUCCAGCUUGAAAGAGCUGCAAAAUUGGACCCAUAAUGUGUCCUCUAGUUGCAUGAACACAAAGGAAAUUGUUGUCCAGCUUGCAAAUCUAGUUUGCAAUCGUAUGGGGUGUGCAGCAUCCAGUGGCGAAGAUGACUUGUUUACCAACUGGAAAGAGCGUAGCAAUGACUUGAAGGAUUGCUUGGGAUCGAUUGUGCUCCCUAUAGGUAGCCUGUCUGUUGGACUUUGCAGACACCGUGCACUGCUAUUCAAAGUUUUAUCAGACAUCAUUGGCUUACCCUGUCGAAUUGCCAAAGGAUGUAAUUAUUGUACAAGAGAUGAUGCAUCCUCGUGUCUUGUUCGAUUUGGACUCGACAGGGAGUAUCUUGUUGAUUUGGUGGAGAAGCCCGGAAGCUUAUCUGAUCCGGAUGCGUUGUUAAAUGGUCCUUCUUCCAUCUCAAUUUUUUCACCACUGCGCUUUCCACGUUUCAAACCUGUUGAACCUACUGUUGAUUUUAAGUUGCUGGCCAGACAGUAUUUCUCAGACUUGCGAAUGCUUAAUCUUGUGUUUGAUGAUUCUUCAGCAGCUGGAAUUGUUAUUGAAGGCGAUACGAAGGGCUCCACAUAUCGUAAACAACCAGAAUUUCUGUACAUGGAUAGAAUGAGCCCUCAGGCUAGCUCAAGCAAUCAAGAUGGAAUUUCUCAGUUAUCACAAUUUCCAACAAAUUCCUGGAUAAAGGUUCUUGAUAAAGAACUAUUGUUUUCCCAGCUGUCUAAUCCUCAGGAUGUAAUUAAAGACUCAGACCCUCCAAAGGAUAUACCUCCGAUUGUGCAUAACGAUGUUCAACCACUUAUUGCAAUGCCAGGACCUAGGAAAAACCCUAGCAGAGAAGUGAAAUUUGUUGAACGAGGUACAGUAUUUCCAUCUAAAUCAAGUGGAGAACUUGCAUUUGAUUUCGAGGGUCUGGUCAUUCCACGAAGUGAUCUUGUUUUGAAGGGGACAAUUGGAUCAGGUUCCUUUGGGACAGUUCAUCUUGCUGAGUGGAAUGGCUGUGAAGUUGCUGUGAAGAUUCUCAUGGAACAAGACUUUCAUGGGGAGCGAUUCAAGGAAUUUUUACAGGAGGUUGCGAUUAUGAAACGAUUGCGCCAUCCAAAUAUUGUGCUUUUAAUGGGUGCUGUUACAGAGCCACCAAACUUGUCCAUAGUCACUGAAUAUUUAUCGAAAGGUAGUUUAUAUGUACUUAUGCGUGAUCCCACUGCAAGAGAAGCGUUGAAUGAGAGGCGCCGGUUGUGCAUGGCUUAUGAUGUGGCAAAGGGGAUGAACUAUCUUCAUAAAUGCAAUCCUCCCAUUGUUCAUCGAGACUUGAAAUCUCCUAAUCUUUUAGUUGACAAAAAAUAUACAGUGAAGGUCUGUGAUUUUGGUCUUUCCCGUUUAAAAGCGAACACUUUUCUUUCAUCAAAGACAGCUGCUGGAACUCCUGAGUGGAUGGCACCUGAAGUUCUUCGUGAUGAGCCGUCAAAUGAAAAAUCAGAUGUAUACAGUUUUGGAGUGAUUUUGUGGGAGCUGGCAACAUUGCAGCAACCAUGGAGUAAUUUGAAUUCACCACAGGUUGUAGCGGCUGUUGGUUUUAAGGGUAAACGGCUUGAAAUUCCUCAUGAUGUGAAUCCUCAAGUAGCAGCCAUAAUUGAAGCCUGUUGGGCAAAUGAGCCAUGGAAACGUCCCUCCUUUGCUAGCAUCAUGGAAUCCCUGAAACCUUUGAUUAAAUUGCCCCCUACAACUCAACCAGGUCGUGCAGAAAUGCCUAUGCUUCUGUGAUAGAGUAGGCAACAAGGAAGCGUAUAUUGCCACAGACAUGGCUUGUUGAACGUUUGGGAAUACUAAGUUUAUGCAACUCAAGAAGAUGUGAAUAUUCUUACGCCGUGAGAAUCUAUAUUUAGUAAAAAUUAGAAUGCAGAAAUAUGCGUGUCAACUUGGCUACAUGAUUUUGUAUUUAUGCGCGGUGAAUUGAAAACUUGUUUAUAGUUAUCCGCCUUGCGCAUCAUCGAAGUCUGUUUCCCGUGUGAUCCAAACCUGAUUGAUUUUUAACAUCAUGAUCAAGAAAGUUUUAGGAUGGGACUUGCGCUCUUGGUCAAUUCUAAUGUUUGAGCCCCUUUUUUUUGUCCAAAAUGUAUUUUGGAAUAGUAUUUUGAUG